AUGGCUUCCACGGUGGUCGUAGAUUCAAGCGAUGGUUCACGUUCUCCACUUCAUUCCCCGACUCGUCAGAAUGGUAUUCCUAUCUCUCUAGAAUCUCGACGGCGGAAACGAACAGUUGCCGAUGAUUUCGGGAAGUAUGAAAUCGGGGUUCUGCUCACCACUCAACUCAGUUAUAUACCUAUAGCUUGUACUAUGCUCUCAACUUCUUUCUACAAACCUACCGAAACAUUCUGUGCCGAAUUUCAAAAAUCCAACUCGUCCUCACUCUCAGAAUUCCAAAACAACGCUGAAGGAGAAUUCAGAAGUUUACUAAUAGAAUGGGACGAGGGAUGCUCUACCUCUAUAAUACUAGCCUCUUUCUCAAGUAUCAUCAUGUUAGGAGCCCUUGUCGGUGCCUUUUCUGCCGGCUGGCUCGCAGAUGUCUAUGGCAGGAAGCCUGUGGUUAGAGGAUGUUUGAUAUUUUUGUCUUUUGGAAAUUUGAUUUUUUCCUUUGUUGCUUCUUUCUCGUGGUAUUUAACUGCUUUAUUGCUUUUUGUUUUGGGAAUGGCUUGUGGUGGUUACAUGGUGACUAAUUUGGUUUUGUUGGUAGAAUGCCUAGAAUCACCCAAUUCCCGACUGUUGAGUGUUUCGCUCAAUGGAUGGAGCAUAUCAAUGGUUUUCGUGGCUCUUAUAGCUUACAUAUCUCAAGACUGGUUUUUCUAUCAUCUAGCGAUUUCCGCACUCGCUUUGGUUGCUACUUUCGCCUGUCAAUACUUAACAUUCGAAAGCUGUCGGUGGCUGGCCAGUGUACACAGGUUGAGUGAUGCAAAAUUAAUUGCUAGCAGGAUAUCCUUGCGAAAUGGAAGUGUUGUAAAUGCCGAACUGGCUUGGCAUGAGCUUUUGGGUUUCCACCUUCCAAUAGCCCGCACUCCAGAGAAGGAAUUAGUCCAUCCUAGGCGAUACGGCUAUUCCGACUUGUUCAGUUUUCCUUCCGUGUAUAAGCCUCUCAUCAGUUUAUGUUAUUGUUUUGUUGCGUCGUCUAUCGUUUCAUUCGGUUUUUAUUUUGUUGUUGACAUGUUACCUGGCGAUAGGUACAGUAAUAUGGGAGUUAUGGGUUUGCUGAAGUUUAGUCUCGGUUUAUUACCUUUCUUGGUGUCGCCUUGGAUGGGAAGGAAGCCCAUAGCUACGAUAUCUCUUGUGAUUGCAUGCAUCGCUUUAUGGACACUCUGCUUUACGCAAUUCUUCGGAAUUUCUCCGACCUCAAUUUCUGUAACGCUUCUUUCGAUUCUCGUGGCGGCCGCAUUAGACCCCACUUGGAAGAUAUUGCAUUUGUAUUCUGCGGAGCUUUUCCCUACUGUAGUUCGCAACAUGGCUCGUGGAAUCUGUAAUGUCGGAGCUCGUCUUGGAUCAGUUGCAGCUCCCAUGAUUGUUCAUUUGCGGUUACAACAUUAUCUGUUGCCAUUUAUAAUAUUUGCGUUUUUGCUAUCUAUUCAAUUGUUGGUUGUUAUGUUUUCCUUGCCUGAAACCAAAAACAGGCCUCUGCCCGAUCGUUUGCUCGAAGAGAAUGAGAAAGAGAAUGGGGUAUUCACUUUAGAAACGGUUGAAAUUAAUAAUGAACUCUAA